AUCCGUACUGCCAUCAACACCAAUCACCAUUCGUCCAUCGAGCAGAAAUCAACGACACCAGCGGCGUGCCAGCGGGAACGUCUAACGUCUCGUGAGCGUCGGCUGCGGCGGUGUUCUUGUGUGUGAGAAAGAGCGUGCUGAUGCCAUGCCGUCCGGCGGUCCAAGUUACGGCAGCUACUGCUGUGUGUCGUGGUGCUUCAACAACGGCAAAACCCAGAAGAAGCCAGGAACGAGUUUCUUCCGCAUACCACGGGACGGCAGGAUGACAGCAUGGAUGCAGUACGCUGGAAGAGACGAUCUUCUGAGUAAGCCGGGCAGCGUAUUGUACGCAACCUACAGAGUUUGCAGCGACCAUUUCACUGCUGAAAGUUUCAUGGACCCUGGGCAUACAAGGCUUACAAAAAUGGCUGUGCCGAGUGUGCACCCAGUUGCACCUUGUUCUUUGAGCGUCGCUUCUACUAGUGACUGCCACAUGACUGCAGAAGCUGCACUACAAGGAUCUGCGGAAGAGGCUUCGAACAGCGACCCCCACACAUUGAGGUGCCCUGAUGAGCAGGUUGGCGACUGCCUUGUAGCUGGCAAAGGGGCAUCUGCUGAUCUCGGCCUGCUGGAGGAAACCUUGACCAAUCGUUCAGUUGUGACAGAAGGAACUUCUGUGAUCGGUGAGUUUGAUGUUGAUUUCUGCGACAGAUUGUAUUGAUACAGAGAUUUCCGCAGGCACCUUGCAACUUUCUUCCGACAGCAGUGUCCGAGGCGCUGAACAAGAUUCACAGGACGCCCUAGAAGAUGUGUCUGCCAACAGCUCCAUGAAUGAGUGCCCUACUGCAAAUGCUAACUAUGCCUUU